AGUUCUGUUCGGAACAAUUUAUAUCAUCGUGAAAGUGAAUAGCAUUUUAAUUUUUAUUAAUUUGCAUUUGUAAGCAAUUUUUCAUUGCUAAAAUACGCUGAUGUGCUAAACUACGAAUAUAUGCCACGUGUGAGCGUCGCCUCAAAUAAAGUACAACAACUUGCAAAGCGAUCAACGAUAAAGAGAGCAAUCGCUAAAGUGGAGGCGAACGCAGCUGUCGGGAGCAGCAACAACAAAAACAACAACGGCUAUAUAGCAUCGUUUUGUUGCUAUUUCUCGUUAAUUUGGCUGGGCCUACGUGAUUAAAAUGCUUACAGUCACAGUUCAAUAGCUAAAUGAGGGAGUGUCAAUAAGAGGACGCACACCCACAACAACUUACGCUGUCAGACGUUCAAGGUUAAACACUGCCGUUGCCAAUAUGCUGUAAACAGCAGGGGACGCGGCAAGGACAUGCAAAAGCCACAGUCAUCGCCGUUGCCAGCACGUUGCGCCAUCUGCGGCACCGUCGAACAACUGCUCCGCUGCGCCAAAUGCAAAAGCAUCUACUACUGUUCCGUUGCGCAUCAGCAUUUGGAUUGGCCAGCCCAUCGACAUGAUUGCCGUCUACUGGCACGCCACAAACAGAACAACAAUAGCAACAAGAUACAACAGCUGCAACAGGCGGUGGCAGCCACAUCACUGGAUGUGAGUGGCGCAAAUUGCUCCACUGCUCAAAUGAUGACAACCGCCGCACAGGCCCAAAGUUGGCCCAACGAACUGGAUGAGCUUUUUAACUACUUUGGAGAGCCAACGCUGGCUACCCAAACAGCUCAGCAGGAUGCACUUAAUCAGCAGCACCACCACCAACAUCAUGGCGAGAAGAGCUCCAGCUAUCAGAUUGGCCUAACGGAUUCCAGCUUCAUGGGCAGUGGCAGCGAACGGCGCUAUGAGGAUCUUUGCCGUAACAUUAUCAAUGACAUGAAUCAGUAUGGACUGUCUGUGGUCGACGACUUCUUGGGCGCGGAUAAGGGUCUGAAGAUCCUGAACGAGGUGCGCAGCAUGUACUCUGCGGGCGCCUUCCAUGAUGGCCAGUUGGUGCACAAUAUGCGUACUGAUGCUCAAUCGUCCACGGUGCGCGGUGAUAAGAUUCGAGGUGAUAAAAUCAAAUGGGUCGGUGGCAAUGAGCCCGGCUGCAGCAAUGUGUGGUAUCUGACCAAUCAGAUUGACUCUGUGGUGUAUCGUGUGAACACAAUGAAGGACAAUGGUAUCCUGGGAAAUUACCAUAUCAGAGAGCGUACGAGAGCUAUGGUCGCUUGCUAUCCCGGCUCUGGCACACACUAUGUUAUGCAUGUGGACAACCCGAACAAGGAUGGACGCGUUAUUACAGCCAUAUACUACCUGAACAUCAACUGGGAUGCCAGUGAGAGUGGCGGCAUAUUGCGAAUUCGACCGACGCCCGGCACAACUGUGGCCGACAUUGAGCCGAAGUUUGAUCGCCUGAUAUUCUUCUGGUCGGAUAUACGUAAUCCGCAUGAGGUGCAGCCUGCGCAUCGUACCCGCUAUGCCAUCACCGUCUGGUACUUUGAUAAAAAGGAGCGAGAGGAAGCGCUGAAUCGCGCCAAACUGGAAAACAGCAAGACAAACAAUGCCAAUUCGGUUGCACAGAUGGCGGAGCCUGAUUCAACAACCACAUCCGCGUCAUCCACACUAACCGCAGCUGCAUCUACCUCCAUCUCCAGUUCCACCUCUACAUCUACGUCUGCAACUACAGUGCUAUCAGUGAACAAGUCGCUUACACCCGCCAGCAUGACGACCGGCACAGGGUCGCUUAACGCAAAUGUGGCGAGCAGCUCCUGCCCGGCCAGCAAUGAAAUUUGCACGUAGCCAACCGCCGUCGCUUAAAUCCUGUAUAUAAUGCUAUAUCUAUAUCUAGGCCAAAUGUUGUAACCAAUGGCACAGCGAUAAUGGGCAACUUAAGAGUGUAUCAAACAAUAGACAUUGUAAAAAGCUAGUUAAAACCUAUUUAUAUAUAAUUUUUAAGUACGUAAUCUUAUCGAUAUGAAAAGUGCAGUUAGGCAAACUUAACUGUACCAGUCUAACCUACAUAAAUGUGAAUCAAAGCUCCUUUAGUCAUUUAAAACUCUAGUUUUAGCUGCUAAGUCGUAUCUUUAGUUCUUUUCGCAUUAACCUUUAGCUAACUGCCUUAUCAGCGACAUGUUGAUUGUUUUUAUAUAGUAUCUUAUUAUUUUCAUAUACGCUCUGUAAAAACUAUCAAAAUGUGCAUAGUUUGCCAAAGUAUUAAAGCUAAACUAUAGCUUCUGAAGAAGCGAUAUUAACAUUGAUUUCCCAUCUCAAAAUUUUGUAAACAAAAACAAACAACUAUUUAUUUUAGAUUUCAUUCAACUCUACGACUCUCGUGCACAUACAUCUAUGGAGUCCCAGAAUCCAUCUGUAUAUGUAAAUCUCUUUUUGUAAUUGCCUUAUAGAAAGCACAAAGAAUAUCAAUUAUGU